GCUAGACCUAUUAGAAGUGUGCACGGGCACUUCUUACCAGCACUUUGUACCGAAAGGCCUUUCGUAAAACUGACUGUCUUUUCGUUAGCUUCUGUCAAAAGCGGUAGCUUCUUUCGGAGCAAAAGUUUGUUAAAAUGCAGUUUUGACAACUUUGCAACCGAGUUACCGGUUUUAACGCCACAUUUAAAACGUCGAAAUGGCCCGUUUAGUAGCUUUUCUAGCCAUUUUGUCCGUGCUGUGUUCUACAGUAUACGCUCUACCACUCGACUGCCUUAGGCGUGAGCUUGAACAGUUGGACAAGCUUCACGAAAGGGUACAGACAUAUGACGAUAUCGAUCUGCGUGAUGAUGACGGCCCGGACGUGGCAGUGAUCUCUACAAGACAAGAAUUAAGAACCAGGACCUACCUCCUGCUGAAAGACCUGGAACGGAUUGUGGAAGCCACAAAGACGCACCAUGGAAAAUCAGCUGAGAAUGCGCCUACUGAACUGGAAAUGUACAAAAAUGAAGAGGAAAUGGUCGAUUUCCAGGGCUUCAGUGACAAGGAAGAAAGUAUGGAAGAUGUGAAAACUAGCCUUGAUCAUCUUGACGAAGCUGUAAAACCACAAGAUGAAGAAUCAGAGAGUAAACUGCUGAACGACGCUUAUUCUGUGGAGGUUACGACUGACUGUACGGAGUCAACGUCGGUCCCGGGAGAAACUACCAAAGAAACAAUCUUGAAUGAGGAAGAUGCAGAAAUGAAACAAGAGAUGUUCUCUGAGAAUGAGGAAGAGAUGCCGGGAAAUGAUACGGGGUACACUGAGGCAGACAUGGGUGGAGCUGAGGUUCAUGCAGACGAGACUGCGUCAGGAAAGGACAACGUUAUAGCUACAGAACAGGAGACGAAUACAGAACAAGAGACGGCUACAGUUGAAGAAAUGGCUACAGAAGAAGAAGAGACUGCCCCAGAAGAAGAGACGGCUACAGAAGAAGCGAUUUCUACAGAAGAAGAGACUGCUACAGAAAAAGAGACGGCUACCGUUGAAGAGACGGCUACAGAAGAAGAGACUGUCCCAGAAGAAGAGACCACAACAGAAGCAGGAAUCGUCGCAGAACAAGAGACUGCUACAGAAAAGGAAUCUCCAACAGAACAGGAGGCUGAUACAGAACAGGAGGCUGACACAGAACAAGAGGCGGAUACAGAACAAGAGGCUGAUACAGAACAGGAGGCUCAUACCGAACAGAAGGCUGAUACAGAACAGGAGGAGGCUGACACAGAACAAGAGGCUGAUACAGAAGAGGAGGCUGACACAGAACAAGAGGCUGAUACAGAACAGGAUGCUGAUACAGAACAGGAAACUGACACAGAACAAGAGGCUGAUACAGAACAGGAGGCUGACACAGAACAGGAGGCUGAUACAGAACAGGAGGCUGAUACAGAACAGGAGGCUGACACAGAACAAGAGGCUGGUACAGAACAAGAGGCUGACACAGAACAAGAGGCUGAUACAGAACAGGAGGCUGAUACAGAACAAGAGGCUGAUACAGAACAGGAUGCUGAUACAGAACAGGAAACUGACACAGAACAAGAGGCUGGUACAGAACAAGAGGCUGACACAGAACAAGAGGCUGAUACAGAAGAGGAGGCUGACACAGAACAAGAGGCUGAUACAGAACAGGAUGCUGAUACAGAACAGGAAACUGACACAGAACAAGAGGCUGAUACAGAACAAGAGGCUGACACAGAACAGGAGGCUGAUACAGAACAGGAGGCUGAUACAGAACAGGAGGCUGACACAGAACAAGAGGCGGAUACAGAACAAGAGGCGGAUACAGAACAAGAGGCUGAUACAGAACAGGCUGAUACAGAACAGGAGGCUGAUACAGAACAAGAGACUGACACAGAACAGGAGGCUGAUACAGAACAAGAGGCUGAUACAGAACAGGAGGCUGAUACAGAACAGGAGGCUGAUACAGAACAGGAAACUGACACAGAACAAGAGACUGAUACAGAACAGGAGGCUGACACAGAACAGGAGGCUGAUACAGAACAGGAGGCUGAUACAGAACAGGAGGCGGAUACAGAACAGGAGACUGGUAUAGAAGGUGGGGCUGAUACAGAUGCAAAUGAAGAGUUCCCCGCAGAUGGUGGAGAUACCGCUGAAAUGGCCGUUGAAGAAUUAGAAGCCGCUGCCAAGGAGCAGCUUUCGGAUCAGGAGUCCGCCACAGAAGCAGCUAGUGAAGUGCCUACAAGUGAGACAAAGGGAGAAACCACUGAUGACGAUGGGGGUGUUGCGGAAGAGUCUACCACAGACGACGAGGAUGUUGCUGAAGAGAUGAUAAAAGAAGAUGAAGAAGACACCAAUACAGAGGAGGAGACAGCAGAAAGGGAUGAUGCGGAAGAAUUGGAAGCUACCACAGGCGAACAAAAAGAGACUACAACAGAAGACAAAGACCCAAAAAAGGAUAUUACAGUGGACGAAACUUCUGCAAACGAAGAUGAGUUUCCAAAGUUGCUGAAGGAGUCCAUGCAGGUGUUGAAGGACCUUGUUAGCAAGAUGAAGGGCGACAAGACGACCCGGUAGUCACUCAUACGGUAGUCUGUCACUCUAUAGUCUGUUGGAAAGGUCUUGGAUAAACCAUACUCUGGCUAGGAAGACUACAACAGUAUGUUUGUAAUUCAUGUAUAUUGUACAGAACACCCACGCUGUAGCUUAAGGCCUCCGACAUAAAAACCAUCAACAGUGGAUUGAUUGUAUUCAACGAAGAACAGUUAACGCUACAUCACCUUUAUCCGCGGAGUAUAUUGCAAUUUGAAAUCCCCUGAUAAACAUUGGAUAUAGAUUACUACACGAGUAAAGGUAAACUAGCAUUAAGACUGUUUCAGAGCACCAUUUUAUAUACUCUCGUAUAAAGAUGCUACCUUAAAAAGCCUGUACUGCGUAGAAGAGUGCAUUCAAUUGUACAUUGUUGUUGUGUUGCUUUGAUUUCUUUGCGUGUAAUGUUUGCCGUUUUAUUUUGUGAAUUUCUUUCAAUAUAUGGCACUAUUUCUGUGAUUGAUUCCCUUUUCGUACCUUGUCAGUAAAAUGAACCUGAUGAGUCUGACUUGGAUAUAAAAGCUCCACUAGUAAGAUUAUCUAACCUGUGCCUUCAUGUAAAAAUGUAUGUUUCAGUGCUGUGUAUAUAAACUGCAAACGAAAUGUUCUUGUGUUACAAUACGUACAACUAUGAGACCUGCAAGUCCAUUUGAGCUUCCGAUCUGAGCUUCUCAUGAAUAAACAAAGGUUCAAACAAAAUC